AGAUUUCACAAUGCGGAAGAAGCGCAACAAAACAUUGUGAGGUUGUAGCACAAGAGUCGAGAAGAUGUCUCAUGUCGUAAAGAAAAGAAAAUUGGAUAAAACCCGUCAGGACAGACUGUACUUUGACAGCUAUACUGAUGUGACUAUUCACGAGGAAAUGAUAGCGGACCACGUCCGCACGAACACGUACCGGAUGGCGAUACUAAGGAACAGUGAGUCCAUACGGGGUAAAGUUGUACUGGACGUCGGGGCAGGAACCGGCGUUCUAAGCAUUUUCUGUAUUCAAGCCGGUGCUAAGAAGGUCUACGCAGUUGAAGCCUGUUCUAUCGCAGAGCAGGCUGUGAAAAUAGUUAAACAGAACAACAUGGAGGACAAAAUUGAAGUCAUUCGAGGCACAGUGGAGACGGUGGACCUGCCGGAGACGGUGGAGGUGAUAGUGAGCGAGUGGAUGGGUUAUGCCCUCCUGCACGAGUCCAUGCUCAACUCGGUCCUCUACGCGCGCGACAAGUGGCUUAAGCCGGGCGGCAUGAUCCUGCCCAGCAAAGCCGAGCUCUACAUCGCACCAAUUAGCGACCCGGUGGUAGAGGACCGCUUACAUUUCUGGUACACCGUCAAAGACCAGUACGGCGUCGACAUGUCUUGCAUGUCCGACUUUGCCAGGAGAUGUAUCAUGAACUCCGACAUAACUGUGAACUCGGUUACCGUCGAGGACGUGCUGUCCCACCCGGCCCGCUUCGCCGAGCUCGACUUGUACUCGGUCACCGUGGAGGAGCUACGGUUGGUGAAGGGCAAGUUCAGGUGCGAGUCAUUCGGCUCGGCGGCAGUGAACGCUUUCUGUGUUUACUUCACGGUUACUUUCCCCUGCCCGGACAAGCCGCAGGCGCUGGUGCUCUCCACUUCCCCGUUCAAACCUGAGACGCAUUGGAAGCAGGCGGUGCUGUACCUGGAUACUCCGGUGGAUGUGGUGCAAGACACGGUGGUUUCCGGAGAGAUCAGCAUGUUUCCCUCGGAGGAGAGUGCCAGACACAUAUGUGUCCAUGUAGACUACACAAUAGGAGAGCAGAAAAGACAGUCCAAAACUUUUUCCAUCCCUGACUGGAGCAGUGAAGCUCAGUCAUAGUUUAGCAUCAACAUUUAGUGUAACAGUUCAAUCACCAGGCAACACACUCAAAGGCCUAGGUCCUUGUAUUAUUAGUUGUCACUAAGACUCCCAACCUGCUCAGUGUGAGUAUUUGAGGAAGUGGAGCAAUGACUGUAUUUUUGACCAGUGUGGUAAAUAAUCCAUAUCUAAAAACUAUAAUGUCACAUUAGGUCUCACUUGGGCAAGUGUAUGAAGGGACUGCAGAUGACAUCUAGCCUAUACAUACACAUGCUCAUACAUAUUUAGGUUUUGACCCAGCUCUCUAGGUGUAAGUCUUAAAAAAUUCUGUUUGAGUAGACACAAGCACACAGUGGCUACUACAAUCAUCAUGUGCACUACAGUACAUGGUCUUAUUUUGGAGUUGUUUAUGUUGUGUAGUGUUUAUGCUUGUUUUUCACACCUAAUAAAUAGUUCAGUAGACAUCUAAAUUGGAAGAGGACACAUGCAUAUAUCUAAUACCUUAUACAUUAGAUAUGUUUUGUAUUGCACACUGUAUGAUCAGUUUACAGCAAUUAUGACCUAUUUUAUACCAAAACAUUGCAGUAGUAAUGAGUAGGAUUGUAACUAACCAUUAGCUUACUGAUUAAUUAUGUGGUCUAUAAAAUGUCAGAACAUAUAAAAAAUGUUUUGACCAACAGCCCAAAACCCAAAGAUUGUUUAUUUACUAAUACUCAAUUACUUACUUAUUACUAUACUAUUACAGACAGAGAAAAACAGCAUAUCCUCACAGUUGAGAAGCUGGAAUAGGGGAUGUUUGGUAUUUUUAAAUCAGAACUCCCAUAAACAAUUAGUCAAUUGUCAAAAUAGUUGCUGAUUACUUUUCUGUCGACCAACUAAUAAAUUAAUCGACUAAUCAUUUUAGCUCUACUAUUUCUUGUAACAGUUUAAUUAUUAUUGGUGGGGAAACGCCUUAGAAACAGUUUUGACCAUCAAAAGAAACAAAAAGUCACUUGACUAAUAAAUAGUUUUAGGAGGGUGUGUAGCUCUGGGCUUUUACAAAUUGUUAAAUAAAUCCAAUGCCAUGCUGCAGACAUCUGGUGUUUUAAUAAAUGUAAUCAUGCAUAUUGUGUUGGAUCUGAGAAAGACACUGCAUUUAAAUGAGGACUGAUAUAUUGACUUGGACUAGCUGCAGUCAGGCAGGAGGUGUUUUACAUGGGCUUGGUUUCAGUUUUUAAUAACAAAUUAAAGUGGCUCAUUCUUUUGGUUUAAAACAAGCACGCACUGGCAGUGGUUGCCAGACACCCCUGACUUUGUCCAAAGUUGUAAUUCUACUGCAGCAUUUUGCAAAAUAGCAAUGACUAUAUUAAUUGUACCACAAUGUAUUUCCUUCCUGGCCAUUAAGGAUCUUGCUGUCUCCAAGCGACUAAGUUGUGGAAAUAUGCAAUGUUUUUAUCACAAUCAACAAUCAAGAAUACAUUUUUUUUUUAAUGAAAGUUAAUACUUUGAUGGCUACGUUUAAUAAUUUCUCACUCAUGUAUUAACGAACACAUUAUCUGGUCACUGAUCAGUCAUUGAUUCACUUUUGAUACUACUUCAGAGUCAGCGUACAGUAAGUGGGUUUGACGGAUUAUAUUGCAGGGAAACUGCGUUUCACAGAGAAUUGAGCAAAUGCAAACUAGACUCUAAUAAACUGUUUGACUGUU